ACCCAAAACCAGCUCCGCCGUAGCCCACGUCUUUAAAUCCGAGCGAAACCAAAGCUGACGGCCGUAUAUGGCCCAGAGCCGGCCCGCAUUUGGUUCCCUGGCACCAGAGUACAGCUGACACCGGAAACCUGUGAUGCAGGCUGGUGCGUGUGGGCUAGGCUAAGCAGGAGAGCACAAAUGUCUGUCAGUCCAAAUGUAGUUUUACUGGACUACAGAGACCAUCAGCCCACGCGCCCUCUAUGCCCGGCGAGAUUUUCCUUUAAAAGAUCUGGAGGGAGACGUGACCAUGUUGGUGCAGAGUGGAGAAGAGAAGGAGGGAGAGAGAGAGAGAGAGAGAGAGCAGAACGGGUUCUUGACUCGUUCUUUACCUUCCUCCUCUGUUAAAGGGACAGUUUUUGCUUUCGGCCCAGGAUGUCCGGAGCCGAAUCAGCAGGAAGGAAACUGGUGUCAGUGGACUUUGAGGUCUUCGGCCACGUUCAGGGAGUCUGUUUCAGAAUGUACACAGAGAGGGAGGGUCUGCGGCUCGGGCUGGUCGGCUGGGUGAAGAACACCUACAGCGGGACGGUGGUGGGCCAGGUCCAGGGUCCCGCAGACGCGGUGGAGGAGAUGAAGGUGUGGUUGAGUAAAGAAGGAAGUCCGUCCAGUCGGAUCACCAGAGCGUCCUUCACCAACCAGAGGACCAUCGAUAAGGUGGAGCUCUCUGGCUUCAGGACUCGCUUCUGACCAAACAAUCAAACCUACCCCGAAGAACCUUCUCCUGAGAGCUGCUUCUAGCGUUCAGACCUGUUUCAUAACUAAAUGUAAUGGUUUGACUUAGAUUUUAUUGUCCGCGCUCUUAUGAAUUCUAUGAACGAAGGCUGUUGCAGGAGUUUCAAUUGUUCGUAGGAAGACUGGUUUUGAGUCCAGUCACUCUGGAAAAGAACAGUGGAAGUUGAGCUCACCCGCUGUUUCGGGCCGAAAGUGCUCUGUAAGAAAAGUAAAUAUAUGGUAAUAUUUUAUUUUCUGAAGAGGCAAAAAAAGGCUUGACGUUAUGUAUCAGCAGAGCCAAAGCAGUAAAACCCCACUGCUUUGAGGAAAAACGCUCGUCUGAAGCAGUUGAAGUCACUACGUGUGUAAAUUAUAUGUCAUUA